AAUCAACAGCCGCCAUCUUGUCGUGGCUCGGAAUUAGGAUUUCGGUCCAAUACUGGGUUUUACGUAGAAAAUCGAGCAUCCUUACCGCGAUAUGACAGCGUCCUUCCCCAGAAAACGAAAUCUUAACAUCGCCUCGGAGACAUUUUGUGCGAAAAAACAGGACUAGGAUCGGCGGUCGUCGGGCAAAAAAGCUCCCUAUAUCUGGUUUCCGUCAGAGUGCGGCGAUUCAGCCCCGGACGCCGUUCAGGAUUCGUAGUGUUUACCGCGAGGCGAGCGGAGACCCGGUCGCGACUUUCGAGGUGAUUUGCAAAAAUACAGCAUUUUUAUGCAAUUGUGCACUUUGCGGAGCGUCGCGUGAUUUUUGCAUGAAGAAAUUUGACGUCACGCAAAAAUGGGUACUUCGAACAUCUAGAAAUUACGACCUUUGCCCCGGAAUACAGCAGCUCGCCUGCUUUUAUUAGACAUUCACUUGGUUUUUCGAUUUUUUUACAUGGGGGAUAUUUUAUUUUGGGGUAUUUAACGAUAAUAAUGUGGGUGUUGGGUGUUGGAUUAUCAUGGGGUGAAUGGCGGUGGCGAAGCGGGGCGCUGUUGCAUCUCUUUUGAAAGACACUCGGCGGAGCAGCAGCUAACAGUUAAUUUAGCUGGUAGCAGGCAAUUAGCUAACCGUAGCUAGUAGCCAGUUAGCUCACGUUAGCAGCUUGCUAAUGUGUUAACCGGGAAGCUUCGGGUUGAUUUAAAACAACUUGCCCGGCGUAAAGUAAUCAGAAUCAUCAACUUAAGCGACCAUCCGGACAAGAGAACAACUAUGGCUGAAAACCUGCUGGACGUCGGACCUCCCAACUCUAAGCGGCCGAAACUGAAUUCACCUGCCCUGUUGGCGUCUGAUGCACCAGAUGUGGGAUCACUAUCCUGGGAUGAUUUGGAGAAUGACCUUCCAGAUGAGUUGAUUCCUAAUGGCCAUCUGGGCCUGAUGGGCAGGAUGCCUUUAAACGUCGGAGCAGCACCUGGAGCUGGCGGGCCAGGUGGUGUACCGGACGCAGCCGCCAAGCACAAGCAGCUCUCGGAGCUCCUUCGAGCCGGUAGCACCUCCAGUAUCACGGGCGCGGGGCUGAAUUCGGCGAGCCCUCAGCCAGGCAGUAUGGGGCCUCAGCUGGGCACACCAAUGAGAAAGAUCCCCCACGUCCAGGGGUCCCCCAUCAACCACUCGUCCCCACAGGGCCAAAAAGCAGGAACACCAACUGGAGUAGCAGGACAGAACAACAACAAUAAUACUGCAACAAUGGGCUUGAACACAAAAGCCUUCAACCAGGCCAUGAUUAACAAUAGCCAGGGCCAUGCCGGGCUUCUGUCACAGGGAGGGCAGUCCCAGCCCGGGCAGGGGAUGAAUGGGGGUCUUGCACCUGAAGCUGGGAGAGGACUAGGAGCAGGGGUGGCAGGCAUGCAGUACCAGGGGCCGACAAUGCAGGGAGCCGCUCCAGUACCAGGAGGAGCAGGGAGUGCGUUGGCAGAAACACUCGCCCAGGGAGGGCAGCAGAUUGGAGCUCUUGCCACCCUAAAUGCAGCCCAGCAGACAGGCACCAAGCAGGCGGCGUUGCUCCCACUGGCUGGCGGCGCCGGCGCCGUGGCGGCCGUGUCUUCAGCGGGACCCACGGCCGACCCAGAGAAGCGCAAGCUGAUCCAGCAGCAGCUGGUCCUGCUGCUUCACGCACACAAGUGCCAGCGGCGGGAGCAGGCCAACGGGGAGGUGAGAGCCUGCGCCCUGCCUCACUGCCGCACCAUGAAGAACGUCCUCAACCACAUGACCCACUGCCAGGCUGGCAAGUCCUGCCAGGUGGCUCACUGUGCGUCGUCCAGACAGAUCAUCUCCCACUGGAAAAAUUGCACGCGACACGACUGUCCCGUCUGCCUGCCGCUGAAGAACGCCAGCGACAAGCGCACCCAGCAACCCAUGCUGAGCUCCCCAAACACGGGCCUCCAGAACCCCAUGUCCUCAGUUGGUGUGGGACAGCCCAGUGCGCCCACCAUCAAUACCUCAACCCCCAUAGACCCCAGCUCCAUGCAGAGAGCCUACGAGGCACUUGGGCUGCCCUACAGCAGCCAGAUUGCGCUGCAGGCCCGCGGGGCGUCGGGACAGACGGCGGGCGCACAGGCCCCGCUGCCACAGAUAAGAUCCAUCAAUGCACUUGGUAACCAGAUGACUCUUGGAGGAGCGACAUUGGCCGUGACCACUUCAGAACAGACGAACCUGCUCACCGACUCCCUCCCCAACACUAACGAUCAGCUGCUGGCAGACGGGUCAGCUGUGGGCUCGAUAGGCAACCUGCCCACAGCAGCACCCAUCUCUGCCACAGGGACCAGGAAAUCGUGGCAUGAGCACGUCACUCAGGACCUGCGCAAUCACCUCGUACACAAACUAGUACAAGCCAUAUUCCCAACUCCUGACCCGGCAGCUUUGAAGGACAGACGAAUGGAGAACUUGGUGGCCUACGCCAGAAAAGUGGAGGGGGACAUGUACGAGUCCGCUAACAGCCGGGAUGAGUACUAUCACUUCCUGGCUGAGAAAAUCUAUAAAAUCCAAAAGGAACUGGAGGAGAAGAGGCGCUCUAGGCUACAGAAGCAAAUCAUCAACCAGGCACCUUUGACUACCCAGGGGACCCAGCAGCCCGGCCUUCCCCAGCCCGGCCUUCCCCAGCCCGGCCUUCCCCAGCCCGGCCUUCCCCAGCCCGGCCUUCCCCAGCCCAGUGCCUUUGGCCCUAGGCCACAGAGUGAGUCCAAUGUUUACAAGACUUCACGAAUUUCAGAUGGACCUGUUCCUCUGCCCAACAUAACAAAUCAGAUCAUGAACCGCAUGCCGGUGUCGCAAGGGAUCAACCAGUUCAACCACAUGGCUCUGCCCAACGCCCAAAUACCCCAGACACCGAUGGGAGCCCGAGCUGCCUCACCCAUGAACCACCCGCAGCAAAUGAACAUGAGCUCCGUCCCAGCGAUGGGCCUGUCUCCCUCCAGGAUGCCCCAGGCCCAGGGCAUGAUAGCCGGACACGGUGGUGGUAACAUGGUAGGCCAGACGGCCAGCCAGGGACAGUUUCUGGCUCAGACCCAGUUUCCUACAGUCGCUGCAACAGGCGUCAUGAAUGUCACCGUGGAGCCUGGCAUCGGCCAGCCACCUGCACAAUGUGCCGUCACCCAGCAGCAACAACAGAACGCUAACCCCCCCAUGAAUGCACUUGGCCCCUUGCUGGGCCCUCAGCUAGCCUCCUCCCAAACUCCCUUGCACACCACGCCUCCUCCUGCUUCCGCCUCCGCGGCUGGGGCGGGCACUAACCUGCCGCACCCCCAGCCCUCUAGUCGCAGCUCCACCCCCACCCUCCCUGGCCAGGCUGCCACCCCGCCCCAGCCCCUAGCCCAGGUGGAACUCCCUGCAGCAGCACAGACGCAGCCCCCACCUCAGCCCCCUACCGUGCCGCUGACUCAACCAGGGGCCAGUCUGGAGAACCGGGUGCCCACGCCAGCCUCAGCUGCCGGUGCCGACCUUCCUGUCCAGGAGGUCAAAGCCGGGGAACAUCAUAACCAACAAGAGUUUAAGGCCGCUGGCGGCAAAACUGAGCCCGAGAUGGAGACUGAGGAAGACUCUGCUUUAUCGGUGGUUAAGAAGGAGGAGCCAGAGGAAAAGCCGCAGCCCAUGGAGGUGGAGGAGAAAAAACCAGAAAUGAAGACGGAACCCAAAGAAGAGGAAGAGGGGGGAGCCAACAGCACAGCCUCUUCAUCCCCCGCUCAGUCACGAAGGAAAAUCUUUAAGCCCGAGGAGUUACGCCAGGCUCUGAUGCCGACUCUGGAGUCUCUCUACAGGCAGGACCCCGAGUCACUGCCCUUCAGACAGCCAGUAGACCCCAUGCUGCUGGGUAUCCCUGACUACUUUGACAUUGUUAAGAACCCAAUAGACCUGUCCACAAUAAAGCGUAAGCUGGACACGGGUCAAUACCAAGAGCCCUGGCAAUACGUUGACGAUAUCUGGAUGAUGUUCAGCAACGCCUGGCUCUACAACCGCAAGACGUCCCGUGUCUACAAGUUCUGCGCCAAGCUGGCCGAGGUGUUUGAGUCCGAGAUCGACCCGGUCAUGCAGGGCCUGGGUUACUGCUGCGGGAGGAAGUACGAGUUCUCCCCUCAAACCCUGUGUUGCUAUGGCAAGCAGCUCUGCACCAUACCGACUGGAGGCACAUACUACAGCUACCAGAACAGGUAUCAUUUCUGUGAGAAGUGCUUCAAUGAUAUCCAGGGGGAGAGUGUGACUUUGGGAGAUGAUCCUGCACAGCCGCAGACGAUGAUAUCAAAAGACCAGUUUGAACGGAAGAAGAACGAUGUGCUGGACUCUGAACCGUUUGUUGAAUGUAAAGAUUGUGGACGGAAGAUGCACCAGAUAUGCGUCUUACACUACGAGGUCAUCUGGCCAUCUGGAUUCAUCUGUGAGAAUUGUUUAAAGAAGAGUGCAAAAACGCGAAAGGAAAACAAGUUCUCUGCAAAAAGGCUGCAGUCGACACGACUGGGAAUGUACAUAGAGGAACGUGUGAAUAAAUACUUGAAGAGACAGAACCACCCGGAGGCCGGAGAGGUGUUUGUUCGAGUGGUGGCGAGCUCCGACAAAAUAACGGAAGUAAAGCCAGGCAUGAAAGCCAGGUUUGUGGACACGGGUGAAAUGCCCGAGACCUUUCCCUACAGAACCAAAGCACUUUACGCCUUUGAGGAGAUAGAUGGCGUGGAUGUGUGCUUCUUCGGCAUGCACGUGCAGGAGUACGGCUCCGAGUGCUCAUUCCCCAACACUAGACGGGUCUACAUAUCAUACCUUGACAGUAUUCACUUCUUCAGACCUCGGAUUCUACGGACAGCUGUGUACCACGAGAUCCUCAUCGGCUAUCUCGAAUAUGUCAAGAAACUCGGGUAUGCCCAGGGCCACAUCUGGGCGUGUCCACCCAGCGAAGGAGACGACUACAUUUUCCACUGUCAUCCUCCUGACCAGAAGAUCCCCAAGCCUAAGAGGUUACAAGAGUGGUACAGGAAGAUGCUGGACAAGGCCUUCGCAGAGAGGAUUCUGCACGACUACAAGGACAUCUGCAAACAGGCGACAGAGGACCGUCUGACCAGCGCUAACGAGCUGCCGUACUUCGAAGGCGACUUCUGGCCCAAUGUGCUGGAGGAGAGCAUCAGGGAGCUGGAGCAGGAGGAGGAGGAGAGGAAGAAGGAGGAGAACACGGCUACUACCGAAACCCCUGAGGGUGGCACGCCAAGCGACAGCAAAAACGCUAAAAAGAAGAACAACAACAAGAAGACCAGUAAAAAUAAGGGCACCGUCAGCCGAACCAGUAAGAAGAAACCUGGGAUGCUGAAUGUAGCCAACGAUCUGUCCCAGAAGCUCUACGCCAGCUUGGAGAAACACAAAGAGGUGUUCUUUGUGAUCCACCUCCACUCCGCUCCCAUGGCCAACACCCUGCCGCCCAUCACCGACCCCGACCCCAUGCUCUCUUGUGACCUGAUGGACGGCCGCGACGCCUUCUUGACUCUGUCCAGGGACAAGCACUGGGAGUUCAGCUCCCUCCGGAGGUGCAAGUGGAGCAGCAUGUGCAUGCUGGUGGAGCUGCACAACCAGGGCCAGGACCGCUUCGUCUACACGUGCAACGAGUGCAAGCACCACGUAGAAACACGCUGGCACUGCACGGUGUGCGAGGACUUUGAUCUGUGCAUUAAUUGCUACAACGUGAGGGGUCACGAACACCAGAUGGUGAAAUGGGGCCUCGGCCUGGACGACGACGGCAACAGCCAGAGCGGAGAGGCCUCCAAGAGCCCGCAGGAGAGCCGGCGACUCAGCAUCCAACGCUGCAUCCAGUCCCUGGUCCACGCGUGUCAGUGCCGCAACGCCAACUGCUCGCUGCCGUCCUGCCAGAAGAUGAAGCGAGUGGUGCAGCACACGAAGGGCUGCAAGCGCAAAACCAACGGCGGCUGCCCCGUAUGCAAGCAACUCAUCGCUUUGUGCUGCUACCACGCGAAGCACUGCCAGGAGAACAAGUGUCCCGUCCCGUUCUGCCUGAACAUCAAGCACAAGCUGCACCAGCAGCAGCUGCAGCACCGGCUCCAGCAGGCCCAGCUGAUGAGGAGGAGAAUGGCUACCAUGCAAGGCAGAACCGUGCCACUACCGUCCCCGCCGGCCGCAGCUGCUCCCAGCACGCCCACUUCCCACGCCCAGCCCAGCCCUCCUCAGCCGCCCCAGCAGCCUCAAUGCAACCCGGCGCAGUCCCCCAACGCGGCGGGCGGCGUGUCCCCCUCUUUUCCCAACAGCGGCCAGCCUCAAACGCCCGUGUCCCAGGGCAAACACGGCCCCCAGGCUUCCCCAUCGCACCAACAGCAGUCCCCUCUCCCUCCGCCGCCACAGCCUCCUCAGCAGCCCCAGCAGCCCCAGCAGCAGCAGCAGCAGCAGCCUCCCCUCGCUGCCGUCAAGAUGGCACGGCACAUAGAAAUGAUGGCUCAGGCGCAGCAGAACCAGCAGAACUACCGGGUCAACAUGAACGGCUUGCCCAUGAACCCCCAGCAGCCCCAGCAGCGUUUGACCGGACCGAUGCAGCCCCCCAUGCAGAUGGUGCCAGGGCCAAGGGGGCCACAGGUCAUGCAACCGGGCAUUCCUCCAGGCCAGUGGCCCGGAGCUGCGAGGCCACUGCCGGCUCAGACUCAACAACCGGCCGUUGUCCCCGGCCAGACUCCACAGCAGGCCGUGACGAUGCAGCGAGCCUUGCUGGCCCCAGGGCAGCUCGCUCAGCAGGGCCAGAGGAUGCUGAUUCCACAGCAGCCCGGUGUCCGGCCACAAACGCCCCAGAGACCCAGUGCCAUCGCACCCAACGCCCUGCAGGACCUUCUCCGCACACUCAAGUCUCCCAGCUCGCCCCAGCAGCAGCAGCAAGUGUUAAACAUCCUCAAAUCAAACCCUCAGCUCAUGGCUGCUUUCAUCAAACAGCGGACGGCCAAGUACCAAGCCAACCAGCCGCAGCAAGCAGGGCAGCAACAGCAGCCCGGCACGACGACGACGCCAACGAUGCCGACGACGACGCCGCCGCCGACGAUGCCGACGACGAUGCCGACGACUAUGCCGACGACUAUGCCGACGACUAUGCCGACGACGAUGCCGAAGACUAUGCCGACGACUAUGCCGACGACGAUGCCGACGAUGCAGGCCCUGGCCAUGCCGGGGGCCGCGGUGCAGAGGCCGACGAUGCCGCCACAGGAGCCUCAGCAGCCAAAGCAGCCUCAGCAGCCUCAGCAGCCUCAGCAGCCAAAGCAGCCUCAGCAGCCUCAGCAGCCUCCUGCUCAGGGCAUGGCUGCCCUAGGGGCUCAAGGGCAGCUAAUAAACGCAGCACACACCAACCCACAGAUCCAGGAGCUUUACCGUCGGCAGCUCUUAAGGCAGCAGCAACAGGGAGUGGUGCCUCAGGGCCAUCCUGGCCAGUUCCCUGCCCAGGCGCAGGGUACAGCAGCUACAUACUCCCAGCUCCGUAUGCAACAGCAGCAGCUCGCCAUGCAGGCAGGUUCAGGAGCAGCUGGGGGACCCAUCGGCCAGCUCCCACCCAUGGGUCAGAUGGCCCAGACCGGCAUGGUUAAGGACUCCACCAAGAACUUGCUCCAUCAACGGAUGCUCCAGCAGCAGCAGCAGGCCAUCCUCAAGCAGCAGAUGGGCACCCCUACCCUGCCCAGCCCCAUGAGCCCCCAGACCCAUCUGCUGGCUGUCCAGCCCCAAGGUGGAGCCCACCUACCCGGCCAGCCCACACUAGCAAAUACCCUCAACAACCAGGUCCGAUCCCCCGCUCCGGUCCAGUCCCCCUGUCCGCCCUCGCAGCAGCAGCAGCGUCCACAUUCCAGUCCCUCACCGCAGGUCCAGAACCAUCCCUCACCGCAGCAUCCACACCCACCACACUCGGGUUCCCCCCACCCGGUACUGGGGAGCCCGUUGUCGGGGUCCAUGGAGCAGGGACACUUGGGGACACCAGAACAAAGCGCCAUGCUACCGCAGCUUAACACGCCCAGCAGAGUGGGCCUGAACAGUGACUUGGGGAUGGGAGAUGCUACAGGGGACACUCUGGAGAAGUUUGUGGAGGGAUUGUAGUGUUUCUGCUUUGAACUAAAGAACACAGUCUCUCUCCCCUGGGGACCCACCCUCCUCCCACCGCUCUUUCUCCUAGUUUCCCCUCAGACUCGUUAUCACGUUAGAGGGCUUCGUUUGUUCUUUCUAAGAUUGAGAACUUUUUUUUUUUUUGUACUGACAUGUAAAAAGUUUCAACUGUUGUAAAAAGCAAAAAAGAAAAUUUGGUCGAGGGAGGGGGGGAAAGAAAAAAAAAAUAAGAAAAUGUCAACUCUUUGAGGGAAUGUAAUUGUUUCCUAAAGUUUGGUUGUUAAAUGAAAUUUAAACCACAAAGAAUAUAUUUUUUGGUUGAGACCAAAUGUGUUCAAUACUCAAUUUAUUUUUGGUUUGUUUUUGGCAUGGUUACAUGCCGUUCUCAUUUAUUUUUCUUUUUUAAAGAAAAUGUACAAUUGCAUUAUAUUAUUCAUAUCUUUUUAUUUUGUACCUUUGGAAAAGAAACUUAAAAGAAUUUUUGUGUUGAAACUGUAAAAAAAAUACUUUGUCUGGGAAUUGGGCCAGGUUUUCGUUCUUCUCAAGCUGUCAUUCCUGGCAAUUGUAAUCUAGUGUUCUACCAUUACUCCAAGACGGUGCGUUCAGGGACCGUACCCCCCCCCCUCCCCUCCUUGUGUGUAUGAAGAGCACUUGGUUGUAUUGAAAUAGGAAAUGGACUGGGGCUGUUGUUUAUACACGGGCAUGCAUACAGGGGCACACGACGACACACGGUCACUAAAAUAACUUUGGCGCGACUGGUUUCACAAACGCAAAGUGCAACACACAUCUCAGUGACCUGGAAUUUGGAAAAAAAUCUGUCUUGCCGGUGUAGGACAGUGUUGCUUUGACAUUAAAAAGAUUUUGUCAUA